GUCAGGACGGUGGCGCGGCGGUGGUCCGUCGGAGCGAUGCGCUCCGCAGUGACUGUUGAGCGGAUCUUCUCUUCACUUGCCGCCUGCCGCAGCGCAGGUUCGCUCCUCUCUGCACUUUGAGAUCAGGCUGUUUUGGGGAGAAAGGAGCAGGGUUUCGGGUCGCCGUGUAGCCAACGCUGGAUUCUUUUCAAACAUUUUUUUUUCAACAAAACCGCCUCGCUUUCAUGGUUUUUCGUCACGCACUGAGGCUUUAACCGUUUUCAUGCACAAACUGUGCCUUGAGCGCCUCGAGGACAGGCAACACUGGGAAGACUUGUUGCACGCAUCCGGGGAGCGCACCAGUCCAGUUUUCAUCCAAGUCGGUACCGUACCUGCGUGUGAUGCUUUGAUUUCAGCUGCGAGUCCUUGAGUGGAGCGGGAGUGGACUGUGGAGACCAGCUCGGACCCAUAGCCUCAGUGAAUAUGACAGUGUGUUCAUAAUUAACGAAACUGGGCUGAUUAGUUGUCUCCAGUGUGACAGAGCUGCUGGUGAACUGCUCAGGAAAGCAAGGAUCCAUUUAUCCUUUAAAUGGCAUCAGCGCACAGUCAAGUUAAACUUUCUUCGGAUCAGAUCCGACGAGUUGACUAAUUUUUCUCUCCCGUGUUUCAAAUCGAGUCCUCCGCCUCAUCGACAUGUCUGAGCGUGAUGGAUAUGGAGACGGGCUGUGCGGCGACGGAGCGCCGGACUGCAUCCCGCCGAGAGCGUCCCGCGGCCGGCGGAGCGGCGUCAUCCUCCCCGGUGGCGGCCAGGACACCGACACCAUCCUCCUGGAUUCAGUGAGGGCAGCACCUCGCCGGAGCAGCAUCAUUAAGGAUCCCUCAGUGCAAAAGGUGGGCGGAUGCAGGAAGAAGACUGUGUCCUUCAGUAGCAUGCCCUCGGAGAAGAAGGUGAGCAGUGCAGCGGACUGCUUGGCGUUCAUGCAGGGUGGGUGUGAGCUGAAGAAGAUCCGGCCCAAUUCCAGGGUUUACUGUCGUUUCUACACCCUGGACCCAGACCUCAGCUGCUUACGCUGGGAACCAUCUAAGAAGGAUGGGGACCGAGCUCGGCUGGAUGUCUCCAGCAUCCGAGAGGUCCGCACCGGGAAGAGCACGGAGACGUUCCUCCAUAACGGUCCUCUCUCUGAACACCUGGCUGAAGAAGCAGCCUUCUCUGUCAUACAUGGGGAUGACUACCAGUCUCUGGACUUGGUUGCCUUGUCUGCAGAUGUAGCCAACAUCUGGGUGACGGGCCUUCGCUAUCUGUUAGCCCACCCCUCAAUCAUUGGGGGGGCUGGGGCAGGUGGUGGAGGAGGUGGAGUGCUGGGUGAAGGGGGCGCUGUGGCAGUUGAGGGCAGCCUGGGAGGCAAGAUGAGGAGUGAGUGGCUGGCAGCGGAGUUCGCCCAGGUGGAUGAAGAUGGCUACGGCAUCGUGUCAGAGGACGUGGCGGUCGCCACCAUCUGUAAACUGUGCCCGGGUAUCAAGGAAGCCAAGGUACGUCUGCGUUUUAAGGAGAUCCAGCGCAGCAAGGAGAAGCUGACCUCCCAUGUGACACGUGAGGAGUUCCAGGAGGCCUACUGUGAGCUCUGUACCCGACCCGAUGUCUACUUCUUAUUGGUGCAGCUGUCGAAGGACCGAGAGUGUCUGGACCCUCAGGACCUCCGCCUGUUUUUGGAGACGGAACAGGGUUUGUCUCUGGCGACGACUGAGGGCUGCUGGGAGCUCCUGAGGCGCUGUGAGCCCUCGGCCCAGGGCAGGGAGAGGGGGCUUCUUGGUCUGGAUGGAUUCGCCCGCUACCUGCAGUCUCCAGAGUGCCAGCUGCUUGACCCGGAGCAUCUGGGAGUUUGUCAGGACAUGAACAUGCCUCUAUCCCACUACUACAUCAGCACCUCGUACCGCUCCUACUUGCUGGACGACCAGGUCCACGGCAGAGCAGACCUAGGAGGACUGAUUAAGGCCCUGCAGUCUGGCUGUCGCUGCGUGGAGCUGGGAGUGACUGAUGGCCCAGAGGGGGAGCCUCUCCUUGGGGUCGACUAUGGGCCGGAUAUCCCCCACCACCAUCAUCACCACCACCAUCACCACCACCAUGCACCUGUCACUAUCCGCUCUGCCCUGGAGGUGGUCAAUAAGUAUGCCUUCCUGACCUCUCAGUACCCGCUCAUAGUGUACUUGUGCCAGCGCUGCUCUCCUGCCCAGCAGCGCACCAUGGCACAGCACAUGAAGAAGGUGUUUGGCUCGCGUCUCUACACUCCAGACGCCCUACCUGUCAGCCUGGGGGGACGAGCCACAACCUUACCCUCCCCUGAGCAGCUGAAGGGACGCAUCCUAAUAGUGGGGAAGAAGCUCCCUCCAGAGCAGGAAGGGUCUGAUGGGGAGGUGUCUGAGGAGGAUGAGGAGAUAGGAGGAGGGGGGCCUCUGGCAGGACGGCGAAUGACCAUUCCUGGUGAGGAAGAACUGGGUGUGGUCUUAGUGGUGCCUCCUCCCUCUCAACCCAGGAAGCUCCGUCUCCACAAAGAGCUGUCAGACCUGGUGGCUAUUGCUCGGAUGGGUAGCCGCAGCUUCUAUGCCCAGCGAGCCAGUCACAAACAGGCUCAGCAGCAGUCACCACCCAGCAGUCCCUCCUCUCCCAGCACACCACUUCCCCCCGAGCCGCCUUAUUGGACACUGUGUUCCCUGGGUGAGGGAGAGGCCGGGCGACUGACCACUGAGAGCCCAGAAGACCUUGUAAUGUUCACCAAACGCACCCUAACCAGGGUACGGCCCAGUUCAGUGCGUCUGGACUCCAGUAACCCCAACCCACAAGGAUACUGGAAGGGAGGGGUCCAGCUUGUGGCCUUGAACCAGCAGACCCCUGGUGCCAUGCUGGACCUUCACAGAGGUCGCUUCUCACAGAACGGAGGCUGUGGUUAUGUCCUCCGACCUGCAGUAAUGAGGGAUGAGGUGUCGUACUUCAGUGCCCAUACGCAUGGCUGUGUGCCAGGAGUGCCACCUCAAACUCUACGCAUUAAGGUUAUCAGUGCCCAUAAUCUGCCCAAGCCUCUGGGAUCAGGGGCUAAGGGAGAGGUGAUUGACCCGUAUGUGGUUCUGGAGCUGCAUGGUGUACCAGCAGACUGUGCUGAACAGCGGACACGCACUGCUGCUCAGAACCAGGACGACCCACUGUUCGAUGAGACCUUUGAGUUUCAAGUAAACAUGCCGGAGCUGGCCUUGUUGCGCUUUGUGGUAUUAGACGACGACUACAUUGGAGAUGAUUUCAUUGGCCAGUACAGCGUGGCCUUUGAGUGCCUUCAGCCUGGUUACCGCAAUGUGCCCCUGCUGGGCAUGACAGGAGACCCGUUACCCCACACCAGCCUGUUUGUCCAUGUGGCGAUCACCAACCGGCGAGGAGGCGGAAAGGCCCAGCGACGAGGUCUGUCUGUCAGGAGGGUGGGGAGGCGAGGGCGGGAGUACGUCACUCUGAGGCACACUGGCAUCAAGGUGGUGGAUGAGACUUUUAAACCAGCCAGCGUCCCCCUCAAAGAGGCCACGGACCUGCGAGAGGAUGCUCAGAGCGCCACUGCCAGUUUCAAAGAGCAGUGUGGGCUCCCCACAGUGGCCAAACUGAAGCAGUGCAUCCAGAGCCUGGCCACGAGGCUGCAGAGCCCUGAGGGCACUAUGGGGGCCAGCAUGGUGCUGAGGGAGGGCUACCCGUGUCUGGAGCCUCUUGUCAGCCUCUCCGAGCCGACGCGCAAACUGCUCACUGCCUACGACACGAUGAUUGCUGCCCAGAAGCAGCUGAUCGAGAAUGCAGAUGCUGUUCAGGAGAGGAUCGCCCAGGUACAGAGAGAAGGCAUGGACUUCCAUGAAGAUCUUUCUCGGCUUGGGGAGAAGGAGGGACUGAAGGGACGCAAACUAAGCAAAGCUGUGGAGAGUUUCACCUGGAACAUCACUGUGCUCAAGGGUCAGAGCGAUCUGCUGCGUGGAGCUAAGAUGGAUUCCCUGGAUGCCCUGAGGCAGCUGGCUCUGGCCUGCGAAGCAUGUGGGCUCACCUCCUCCUCCUCUUCCUCCAACUCCUCAUCGUCCACCUUUUCCACAGCCGAGCUUCACUACUCCUCCCACCCUCUGUCCGGCCGCAGAAGCAGCACACACGGCAACGGACGCAUCUGACCCCCCCUCCCCCGCCCCCCGGUCCAACACGCUGCCAAAGGUGAAAAGGGAGCGGACAGAGUAAUUACCAGGGACGGCAGAGCUGAGGAGAUGUGAGAGCGAUAUGAGAGAGUGCAGGUGUAAGACAGGAUUUUCUAUCCCUUUAUCUGAUGCAGUAAGUGUCCAGACGAGCCGAGACCAGAGCAGUACACUCUGCAGAGAGGCUUUCAUGAAUGUCCUAACUCUGUGGUGGAAAAGCAAAGAAAGUCACUUCACACAGGUCUUUGAACUUUGCUUAUUUAACUGAGAAAAAAUGUGUGACUCAAGAGUGUAACUCUACAGGUUUUCCUCAUUAGAGGGGAAUCGUCGACUCCUGAAUCAUCUGUGACAACGGGGCUGUUUCAGAGCUGAUGUUUACAGGCCUGUUGGUGUUUCAUUUCAGAGGCAGAAUGCAGAAUGGAGGGGGUGUAGAGCUACAAGGACAGGCUAUUCUCUGGCUCAGCUUUUUAGCUUGUCCCGUGGGAAGGCAUCAGGAUUACCUGUGUGUGUGUGUCUGCAGGUUGUGACCCACAAAAACAAAAGAAUUAAAGCAAGUAGUGAAGAUUUUUAGUGUGACACUACUUUUUUAAAAGUCACAAACAUUUUUUGGUACUUUGGCUUUUGUUUUUAGAUUAUACAGUACAGUUAAUGCAGUUGAACUUUUGAAGUGGCUUAACAUAAAAAAACCCUCAGUCCUCAAGGCGCAGUCAAAGGUUGACAUCAAAUUCCGAUGGCCAAGGAUGACUUGGAUUAAGACAGAUGUCAACAUGAGCCUUUUUCAGUACCUGAUGGGCCGAAAAGCCUCCGUCUGGCUGUCUUUGGUCUCCAAACUUGGAAAAACAGGUGUUCUGUGUUCUGAUGAUGUCAAAUUUCUCCAAAGCUAUCAGAGAAAAUCCAUUUCUCACUUCAAAUGGAAGCUGGACAUUAUCUAAAUGAUCAACAGUUAUUAAUGAGGUUUGGGAGUUUGGAGAGGUGGAAGGUCACAUUGAUCUAAACAUUUGCUGAUUUAUCUAACUGACUGUGUCAGUUCUUCCCAGACGUUAAUCUCAACAAAAGCUGAGCUCUGGCGCUCUGGAGCGCCUGUACCCUGAAAUAACUCCACAGAUUAGUUGACAUGCAAAAACACCCACAAGGACCCAUCAGAGGUUAAUUCUUCUUUGACAGAUUCUGAGGAUUUGUUCACUUCCUAAACUUUAACCAGCAAACAAUCUUGCAAUUUAGAGCAUACACACACGUCUGCUAUGUUCAUGUAGGGUGUGAAAUAACCAGCAGAGGCAUGCACACAGGGUCCUAUCUCAGCCUGAUCGCCUUUGAGUCUGUCAUGUUCACUCGGAGAGGGGAGCUGAAACAUGAGGAACAAAGUGUAGUGGAAAAGGGUCAGAGUAAUUGGAGAAGUUGUGGAUGCGUGUUAAUACUGUAGUACUACGUGUCUGCUGUAGUACAUGUGUGGCUCACAUAACCUCCUCACUGUACAGACAUGUGGGGUAAUGGGUGCUCAGAGUCUGUGCAUGUGUGUGUGUAGAAGGAACAGAUUCCUGCAGCACUGAUGAAGUUCACUCUGUUGAUGUAGCAAUAAUAAUAGUGGUAAGUUCUUAGACAGCUCGUGAGGCUGUUUACCUCACUGUGUACUAACUGAAGGACUGAAAACAAUAUAACUAAAUAGUUCAGUAACGCUUAGAAGUGUGUAUGAAAACAACUAGAGAAGUGGUGGCCAGCAGGUGCUGCUGAUCAUGGCUCAUAGUUAUCGUACUUAUCUGUCAGUGAUGGCGUUCCUCAAGGCCUUUGAGUGUAACUGUGUGUUUCUUCUUAACGCAGGAAAACACCUGAUUCUUGUUCUUUUAACUCAGCUUUUCUACUCGUAUUCUUGUAUCUCGUGAUGCUGCAUUUGAACCAAAAUUGACAAAAGUGGAGCUCGUCAACACACAGGACUAAGCUAACCAGAUCAAGUUUACUACAGUGAAUAUUGUCACAUGUUGGAUGUUGGUGAUUUUCAGCCUUUAUAACUGAAGGAUUACAUGUCCAAAACCUUUUGGAAAAGACCAAAAAUGCAUCAUCAUUGAUGUCAUUAAAAAAAAGACCAAGUAAGGCAGGUAUGUUUGAAAAGGUUCAACUUGAUUCACAAGUAUCCAGAAUCUAGUGUACCACCUUGAUCUACUGCAGCUGACAGUACAAACAGUCUGAGCAAAGCGGGCAUGAGGCCAAGCUGAGGGAACUUUUGAAUGGAAGACAUUUUGAAUGUUUAUCGUGCUCUUUGACGGAGGCAGGAAGGUGGACAGGUGACAGACGGAGAUCACAGCUAAACAUUGCAACAGCUCCCCAGCUGAUGAACCCAGCUGGUGGCGUUUUGCAGUAGACAGGAAGGAAUGAGAAACACUGAAACAUGGGCGUGACACUGAGUUUUGCUCUUUCCUCUUAAGUGCUUGUGCAGGACUACUGUAUGUUCUGAAUGACAGCCCAUAUUUUUGUACACUGUUUUGUUGCCUUUCAUUCAUCUACACAUUCCUUUCCUUUUUUUAAAUACUAUUAACCUCUUUCAUACCUCCACGUUUCUCCAUCCUAUUGUUCUUGCUGCUCUUCCAGAGGCUCCAGCUGGGGAGUAACAGAACCGAUGUACUGAGUCAUAGCCACAGGAGGAGGUUGACCGAGUAACAUUUCCAUGUGUGUUUUUUUGUGUGUGUUUGUCUGAGAGAAGGCAUACGCUUCUAAAAGUAGAAGACAUGUAUUGAAGAGAGAGCAAAGGUCGAAGCAGAGAAGAAGAAAGGACUGAUAUUGGAUUAACUUUUCAUUGCAUGUGUGGUUGGUUGGGCACACCUGCAGAGCUUCAUAAUUGGCUGUGAGCAAUAGCCGGAGUGACAGCACCUGCUGUUUUGGUCUAUUAAUAACCUUCUGACUCACUGGAGGCCCUGGGGUGUGUGUAUAUGCUGGUGUGCUUAUGUCUGUCAUGAUACCAAUGUGCCCCAAUUCCUGGCCUGAUGAUGCAAACUGAUUCGCCUACAUACAGUCAUUACCAAGCUAUUUGCCAUAUUUCUUCUUAACUACACUGAACCAGAUAGCAGCCUCCAGAGCUAUUUUGAGGAUCUCUACUGCCCCUCAAGGCAUGCUCAAGUGUACAAAAACAACAGAUUUCAUAUGACCACAGGAGGCGUCUCUGUCAGAGAUCUGCUUACCUGCAGGGAGGAUCCCUCUGCAUUAAUGAUGCAUCAGCUCCAGUAAAACAACCCACAGUAUUAGCUUUCUGUGUUCCGGUUUACAUGCCCGCUGACCCGGACAGUACAACUGGGUCAAAGAGCAAACAGGUCAUGGGACUCACUGUUCCUGAGGCGAUACAGUGAAGAUGAAGGCCACAGGCCUCACCUCAAUAGAUGAACAUAAGGGGUCGAGGGGUCAGGUUUCAGUAAUUAGAUCUCUUGUAGUUAAUUUAAACCUCAUUCUCAGAAUAAUUCAUUAGGUAAACAUUGUAUUCACAAAGAAGAUCUACGGUGGACAGUGGUGACUGAGCUGCUGCAUAAAAUGAAACAUCAUGUAAUGACCAAGAAAAAUGGCAGCUUGUUAUUUGAGUGGACGACCUUUGCAGUGCAUCGGGAGGAUACAGCGCAUGAGCCACUAAUUUGUAGGGGUUGAGCCAAAAGGACCAUACCUGUGUUUCUGCAUGAUUUAGCCUUCUUACUUUGAACCAUUUACUCUAUACUCGUAAUAGCGAAACUUACCAUUGUAUUUUAAAUAUAUAUACAUCGAAUGUGCUUUUAUACCUUCCAGGCAGCUAUUGGUUUCAGUUAAUGUCAGUCAAGUCAGCUUGGAGACUUGCUUAAAGUAAAUCCAUUCAGUGAACAUAAUGCCCAGGUUUAUUUCUCUUACAAUAUCAUAUUGUGGUGAUGCAACACAUUUUUUUGUGAUAUGCAUUGAAAAACAGUCCCUGUUCUUUAUGUGUGUGCAAUUUUUUUCAUUUGUAUGAAUGAAUUUCUGACACUAGAGCUCAUCAAUGCUCAUCAACACUGUACAGUACACUGUCUGAGCCUCUCACCAGCUCAUGAUUUCCCCACAGCAGCAGAUUUUUCAAACUGAAACAUGCUUUCCAUUGCAUUAGCAUUCAAACAUUGUGUAUCCUCCAUUAGAGUAAAACUGAGCAUGAUGUUCACUGUGAUGGAUCACCUGGCUCAAGCGAGGUUCAAGUCCCUAAAGGUUGCAAAGUGUUGUAAAGCAGUCAGCAGUACGCCAAAGCAUACACGAUUUGUAGUAAAUAAAGUAAACAUUCAGAAACACCAGUAUGAUCCUUUGAACAUUCAAAAGAAGGUUUUAGGUACAAAGCAUUUUGUUAUCCUGGCUUGCCUCUCACACACUCUGCUUCGUAUGUCACUGCACUCAACUUACCUGACGAUAUGUUUACCUCUGCUUAUGGCACUGCAGCCAGCCACACACUACAGUGUUUUACUAUCACGUUCAGUAAAUUCUGUCUCGUUUGUAACCUAAUUCUGCACACUGAUCCCUAUAGUGUGGACUUCCUGACUUCCCUUUAUACCUUUAAACGUGAAACAGCUGUGUCUGAAGCUCUGUUUCUCACUGUGAUAAAAUUUAAAGUUUUGAGUUUGAAGGGUGGGAGUGGGAGACAGAUCCAUGCUAAAGAGCAGGCUGUUGCAUUGGGGUGCACUGUAUCUCUGUUACCCAUGUGUCUUAAUGUAGAGCUAGCUCUCUGUGUGCUCUUCAGUGUGUGAUACUACCUAUCUUUGCAGACCAGUGGUCAAAUAGUGCUUAACAUUCAUUUGAAUAAUUGGAGAGUUGUUUAUACCUGUCAUAGUGAUGUGGACAAAGUUGUGUAAAACACUUGGAAAUGUAUAAGGUGUUUUCAGUUCUAUAUUACCCGUGGCAUCUGCAGUGUCUCUGUUGGCCUGUGUUCCCUCAACUGUUCUUACAGUCACUGUAUGUUUUUGUAAAAUAGUAAAAAAGACCAAAAGAAGAAAAGUAUUUAUUGAAGUGUGUUUUAAAAAGCAGAAAUAAAUAUAAUUAAUUAAAUGGACUUUGCUUUUAUUUUGAAAAGCUACUGUGUUUUCUAUCUGACAAGUAAUCGAAUAUAACAAGAGUAUGUAUCCCAGACUAAAUAAAGUUAUCUUUUC